AUGGAAGACCUGGCUCUACGAGCAGGCCCACAACCAGUGGAUAGGGUUGACCCUGGUCGUAAUGUGGUGCGCCGUGCUCGAAGCACUCGUCCUCAGAAGCCCCGUCCUCGCGGCCCCGUCGACAACCCCUGCGGCCCCGGCGCCGCCCUUCCCUGCCUCGGCGCCGCCUCUGCUGGCCCCGUCGCCUACCCCUGCGGCCCCGGAGCUGCCCUUCCCGGCCCCGGAGCUGCGCUUCCCGGCCCCGGCGCCGCCUCUACUGGCCCCGACGCCGCUCCACCCGGCCCCGACGCCGCUCCACCCGGCCCCGACGCCGCUCCACCCAGCCCCGCCGCCGCUCCACCCGGCCCCGCCGCCGUCCCCACGCGGCCCCGCCGUCACCACCGAGCCGCCGGCGCCGCCGAGCUACUGCCGAGCCGCCCGAUCCACCAGAGCCGCCCGAGCCGCCGCGCCACCUGA